UCUACGCCCAAAAUGGCGGCACGAUUGAAAAGUUUGGAGUCUCACUUUUUAUCACGGAUUUAUUUACGUGUAGGUUUUAGUGGUUUUGACCGGGGUAUGUUUUAAUCGGCGACCCGGAGGCGUUUCUUUGAAAUAAGAGGAGAGGAAAUGUUUAUCUUCUCCAGCGCUACAAGUUUUUUCCAGAUUUACAGUAAGGUAUGCUAGGCUAACUCUCAGGCUAGCAUUUUUAGACGAGUUUGAGAUUGAUUUGAGCACAAAAGUAUAUGAAGUGUGGUCAAAGCGGGUUGUCCGAGCUGAAACAAAUAUGAAGUGGACUGCGGCGUAGAGAUGGAUGAUGAUGUGAAGAAAGUGAAAAAGCCAGGUCUAGUGUCUCCAUUCAAGCGUGUCUUCCUGAAAGGAGAGAAGGGGAGGGACAAAAAGGCUCAGGAGAAGGCCACUGAACGCAGGGCCCUCCACACCUUCUCACUGUCACAACCAGACCACCGUAUUGACCCUGACAUCCUGCUCAAUGACUACAUAGAAAAAGAAGUCAAAUACCUGGGCCAGCUGACAUCAGUACCAGGAUACUUGAACCCUUCAAGCCGAACAGAAGUUCUCCAGCUCAUUGAUAAUGCAAGGAGGUCCCAUCAGUUGGCAGGCCAGCUGACAUGUGAACAGGACGCAGUGGUGAGUUUGUCAGCAUAUAACAUAAAACUGGUGUGGCGUGAUGGAGAAGACAUCAUCCUCCGAGUGCCUAUUCAUGAUAUUGCUGCUGUGUCCUACAUUAGAGAUGACUCACUGCACCUGGUUGUGCUUAAAACUGCACAAGAGUCAGGCGGUUCUCCCUGCCCCAGUUCAUGUCCUGAUCUAAACAAGUCCCAGACACUCAGUUCUUUAUCAGAGAGCGGAGGGGUGCUGGUAGAAGUGUGCUGCUUGCUGGUUCUUGCCGUUGAUAACAAGGCAGCGGCAGAAGAGUUGUGCCUUUUGCUAAGCCAAGUCUUUCAGAUUGUGUACACUGAAUCAACCAUUGAUUUCUUGGACAGAGCAAUUUUUGAUGGAGCAACUACUCCAAUCAGACAUCUUUCUCUAUGUAGUGAUGAUUCUUCAAGUAAAGUGGAUAUCAAGGAGCCCUUUGAAGCUGAUAUUAAUUCAUUCCCCUUUCAGGACUCUGUGGAGGCAGAAGGAAACUCUCCCUUAGCUUCGACCCCCACAUCGCCCCAGACAAAACCGGCCAGUGAAGGAGAGCUCAGUACAACAGCUGCUGAGCUGCUGCAGGACUACAUGACCACUUUACGGACAAAAUUGUCAUCUCAGGAAAUUCAGCAGUUUGCCACUCUGCUCCGUGAAUAUCGUAAUGGAGCUUCUAUUCACGAGUUUUGUAUUAACUUGCGUCAACUUUAUGGGGACAGCAGGAAGUUUCUUCUUCUUGGUUUGCGAGCCUUCAUUCCCGAGAAAGACAGUCAGCACUUUGAGAACUUUUUGGAGACCAUUGGAGUAAAGGACGGCCGAGGCAUCAUCACAGACAGCUUUGGUCGCUACAGGCGCACUGCCAGCUCCGCCUCAGAUUCAACAACCAAUGGGAACGGGGCAGCAGGAGGCAGCGGGGACAGUGUAGCAUCCGAUGAGGGCCAGGAGACUUCCGAGGGGGACGAGUGGGACCGUAUGAUUACAGACAUAAGCAAUGAUAUUGAGGCUCUGGGCUGCAGCAUGGACCAGGAGGCAGUCACCCCAUAGACACAUGAAGGUAGUCCAUCGUACUAACAUGUCCUCUCUGAGACUCAGUAAAGCCAAAUCAUGAAGCCACCAAUGCACUUAUCCAUACCAUCAGUAUGAACAGUUUGCAAUGCACCAUAUUUUAAAUUUAUUGAUGAUUUUGUUCUUGUGUAUUGGCAGUAUCUGCCACUGUUGUUAGAAAAGUAGCAGCUUUCCAGAGCAUGUAUUUAAACUGUAGUUCUGGAGGAGGACUGUGUGUGUGGAGGCUUUUGUGCGGUUUUAAGUCAGUCAGAGCUCUGUGAUUGUUUGAAGUAUUUUUUGUGUUGCUUACUGAGAGUGUAACAGUAAUAUGGCAUUUUUACACAUUUUAUGCAUUAUGUUUUGUUUAUCAGUGUUUACUCAUUUUUAUAUAUUAGCUUAUUUCAAACUGACCAAAUACUGUGCUGUACAACAAGUACAGUAUGUUGUAGCAUUUUUAUUUCAGAUUUCUACACAUAUGGCCUAGCUGUGUUCUCAGAUACAAGGUAGACAUGUUCAAAUCAAAUAUUACUCUUGCAGUAAUUGUAAUGGUGCAUAGCCUGUUCAAAUACAGAGAAUGAGGAAAAACUUGUACCGGUAUGUGUCCCCUAUUUGCAGGUUAAGGCACUGGCAACCCAGAUUCAGUUGUGAUUGUACUUCCUUUUUUAAACCAGGAAACAUGCUACAUACUGUACCUUCAGGCAAUUUAGAGAAGCAGACAAAGCCACAAGCCACUGGCUGAUGUAACUGAACAGAUAAUACUCUUGUCAAUCAUUCAUAUUAUAACUGUGUAUCCUUGUGCCUUUACUGCAGCAGCUGUAUGUGCUGUUUACAGAGUUAUGCUGAGAAAAUGCUGGUUAUUAAAUAACAAGUUAUUUUA